AUGGCCAAGGUUUCAGCCAGCUCCCACCAGGAUCCCACGAUAAUCGAUAUGAUGGAGAUCAGUAAAAAACGUCCGCCAAAGCUGAAGUCAGCCGAUCGUACCGUUUCGAUGCGGAUCGACAACUACUCGCCCCGGAGCGCCCCAGCAGCCGGUGUCGGCGAUCCUUGCGAAGGUGGUGCCAGUUUUGCCGGAGGCAGCAGUCCCAUACUGUUGGACAGCAGCCUGAUCGUGCACCACAGUCCCGUCGAGCGCGUGUCCCCGGUGGCAAUGAAGAAACAUUUGCCGGACCCGAAAGUGUUCAUCCGCAAUGAGGCCUCACCGACGUCGCUGAAAGUCGACGAUCCCUGGAGCAUAGCCCGCAAACAGUUCCGUCGAUCCGACACGCUGCACGUGUACUCGCCCUCCAUGCACCAGCUCCGCAAGGCCACGUCGUUCCACUCGCGCUCCAAUAGUGGCGGCAAUCCGGACGAGAUCGUGGCCGCGCCCAUCAUCCGGCACAGCAGCGUGCGGCACACACACAUCUACCCGAGCGAGUACCUGGUGAAGCAGGACAGUGCCGGAGCCGGCAGUGCCGCUGGCGAUGCGGACGAGAAAGCGCUCAGUCCUGUGGCGGCUGGCGGGUCCAGCUAUCACCACUCGCCGAACGUGGGCUCGAACCGGCGUAACUGUCACAUGCACCGGUCGUUUAACUUCGAUCAGCAGCAGAAACGAAACGCUGCCUUCCUGCGGCGAGACUCGGUAAAGUUCCACUCGCUGGGCGACGACAUCCCGUCGGAGGUGAUCGAGCGGAGCCCGAGGGAAGGCAAGAAGUUUAGCUCGGCCAAUGCGUCGCUAGAGAACGAGAUCUACCGGUCGCGCAGCAACAGCCGGACGGACAAGAAGGGCGAAUCGUUUUCGGACUUUGUCAGUCGCCAGAACAGCAAAAAGUACAACCAGAAGAACAGUACGAUCAGCCUGGACCGGGCGCUGCCGUACGUGGCCGGCAGCGGCGGCGACAGCUUCCGGCGGUCGCUCAUGCAGCACUCGAACGUGCAUCUGCUCAGUCCGAACCAAACGUUCGUCGAUGACUUUAAACCGCAAAAGUCACCGAUCUUUGACCAGAAAAAGUCCUACUCGUUGCGCUACAAGAACGGCCGCCAGGACGCGCGGGACAAUUUUAAGGCGAAAAAGUCCAAAAGUUUUAUCGUAGACCUAGAGCCGCCCCACCCGGCGAUCAUCAGUGCCACCAGUAGCCCGUACCGGAAGAACAGUAUGGCGUUCACCGCGGACGAGGCGGACAAGAUUUACAAGGCGUCGCAGAAGCUGUCCUCCAACCUGAUGCUGGACGGUGCCGGCCGAGUAGACAUUUCGCCGAUACCGAUGGACAUUAUGGACAUCAACUACGGUGUCAUCAUGAAGACGUACCAAAUGAACCGCCAGAAACUGUUGAACGCCCCGCCCAAGGGGCGCCGAAAAUUUGCCGAUUCGCGCAAGAAGCUCGAGGGCGGCAGCUUCGACGAUGACACCGAAUCGUCCCGGAAGCGGAAGCGCAUCGUUUGCUUCGUGAUGGGCGUCUUCCUGGCCUUGGCGCUGCUGAGCGUGCUGGCGGUGCUCGUGACGCUGACGCACACCAGCUCGGGCAGCAGCUCGGCCACGCAGUCCAAAACCCAGUAUACGUUCGCCCGCGACACACCCAUACACGCCAUCCCCACGUACAUGGUUUCGAAGGACUCACCAAAGCACUACAACGGAGGCAAUUGA